AUGCCUGACCAUUCGUCGCCAGAAGAUCCUUCUGCCCGCACUGCAGCCGACCUGGCCUACGCAGCGUACGGAGACCUGGUCAAAAUCGACAGUGCGCUCUGCAAAAAGCUCGCUGCCGAAACUGCGCUGCGUGAACCGACUCAGCGCCGCGUCGAUCAGAAGCUCAACAUUGAGCGCCGGAGCAACGUCGAGGCCUUGCUCGCCCACAUGACAGGCCAAGCUGCCCCCAAGCCUUGCAAAAACUGCCACAAGGGCCAUGGUCCCUGGACCCAGUGCGUUGUAUACGACGGCCAGAUGUGUGGAAGUUGCACCAACUGCUGGUUCAAUGCAAGCGGCUCAAGAUGCACGUUUCAUGAGAACAACCAUCAGCAGCCACAAACCUUGUUCGCAGCAACUGUCACUUCAGGAGCAAACCUCCUGUUCUCACAGCCCACCAUCGCACAGCCAUCGCCAUCCAAUGUCAAUCUCUCGACGGAUGUCAAUCACUGGGGUCUGUCUGAGUCGACCAAGCAGUUGAUCACCCAAACGAUUACUGAUGUGAGCACCUUCUCCCGACGAGAUCGUUUCCUCGCGAGAAUCGAGGCCGCUGCUAAGGAGCUCGGCAUGAGAAUCGCGGAAUACGAAGAGUUUCUCCGGACUCCAGAGGGCAUUGCUGAGCAGAAUGCUGCCCUGGAUAGAGAUCGAGCGCAGAAUAGAGACACUCAGGCUACUGAGGCUUCUAUGGCCGAUGCUCCUGCGGACGAUGUUCUUACUUGA